AUGAAGUAAUCACACAAUUAACAGUGGAACAAAAUUAGUUAGUUGCAGAAUUUAAGAAAGAUAGAUUUAGAUUUUUCUGAUAUGAUUUUUGAAUCAGAUGACAUUACCAUGCUGGCUUAUAUGCUUUCUCAAGCAAAUGGACUGAAAUAGUUACAUUUAUAAUUCGAUUAAUCUAGCUUAAAUAAUUAAAGCCUUGUGGAGUUAGGAUCUAUACUGAAAAAAUUAUAAAAUUUAAAUUCAUUUUAAUUUUCUGCACUUAAUUCGCUGUUUACUGAAAAGGGUAUUAUAAGUCUUUGUGAAUCUUUGUUAAAUUGCUUUUCCUUAAAAAUUGUGAAAAUAAAUAUAGAGUAAGUUAAAAUUUAUAAAGUGUAUUCCCUUUUACCUAGGUCCUCGGCUUUCCUGUAAGAUACAAAGAAAUUUAAAAUAUAUUCCAAAAAAUUAAAAAUAAUAUUGCUUCUAUUUAUCUAGCAUAAAAUAUACAGUUAAAACCUACUAAAUUUAAUUAACAAUAAUUUAAAAGGUUAAAAAUUUUAAAUAUUUUAUAUUUAUUUAUUGAUCAUUAUUUAGGAGCCAUAAUGUUUAAGAGCUUUUCGUAAAGUUAUACAAACUUUUGAGCUAAAGGUUUUAAUGGUCCAGGAGCAACAUUUACUACAGAAUACUUGA